AAGCGGGAGAGGGAUUAAAACAAACUGCGAAGAAGCCUGCAUUUCUUACUGGCCUGUUAAACUUUGUAGCACACACUCUCUGCUUUCGGUCGAGUUAAACGGCAAGAGAAACACACAAACAAGAGGUUUACAGUCAGGUAGCAGCCUGAACCCUCAGGUUGUCAGGGACAGGCAGGUAGCAGACAGUUGACUCAGGAAAGCUCAGGGCUGUAUCACAACCCUGCAAGCUGCAGAAAUCAUGACACUCAAUUUUUCAUUGAUAUUCCAGUUCCUACCCAGCAUGGACGGAGGGCCAACUGAGGGUGUAGGGGUGGUGGAGGUCCCCACCAAAGACUUCCCCUCCAUCCAGGCCGUUCACAGCCAGGAUGCCAUGGUGGCAGACCUCCUCCAGCAAGCUGCAGAGGCCGGGGGUGUAGUAGAGGGACAAGCAGGAGUCGUCCUGGAACAAGGUCACGGGGAAGGAAUGGUAGCCAGCCAGGCCCAGCAGCACCUGAUGGAAGCUGGGGUGGGAGUUAGCGUGGACGGUGGAGCGGGGGUUGAAAUGAUGGUUAUGGACUCGCUGGAUCCCACCCUGUUGCAGAUGAAGACUGAGGUGAUAGACGCUGCUGUGGGAGGAUCUUCAGCUGUGGGUGUUGUUGGAGGGGUAGCAGCUCACCAAGCAACUGUAACAACGGUGGACCAGACUCAAAUCAUCACACUACAGGUGGUAAACAUGGAGGAGCAGGCUGCUCUUGGUCUGGGUGAGCUCCAGCUGGUCCAGGUUCCUGUUUCUGCCUCCACUGUUGAGGCCCUUCAGCAAGGCACCUUUGUAGACACCACUGCCAUGCCUAAAGACGGAGACCCAGUCAUCUGUCACACGCUGCCGCUGCCUGAGGGCUUUCAGGUAGUUAAGGUUGGAGCUAAUGGGGAGGUUGAGACAGUGGAGCAGGAGGAGGGAGGAGUCGCCCACCCUGGAGAGGAGGAAGAUGAGGAGGUGGGGAACCAGCUGCUGGAAGGAGAGGAUGAACCCAUUCAGCCUCCGAAUGAUGACCCAAACUGGGCUAAAGACCCAGACUACCAGCCCCCAUCUGGAGCCAUCAAGAAGUCCAAGAAGGGUAAAAAGAGUCGUCUGCGUUACGCUGAAGGAGAUAAGGACAUGGAUGUCAGUGUGUAUGACUUUGAAGAAGAACAGCAGGAAGGCCUUCUGUCUGAGGUCAAUGCUGAGAAAGUGGUGGGCAACAUGAAACCACCCAAACCAACCAAAAUCAAGAAGAAAGGAGUGAAGAAGACGUUUCAGUGCGAGCUGUGUAGCUACACGUGCCCUCGGCGCUCCAACCUGGACAGACACAUGAAGAGCCACACGGACGAGAGACCUCACAAAUGUCACCUGUGUGGAAGAGCCUUCAGGACGGUCACCCUGCUCAGAAACCAUCUCAACACACACACUGGAACUCGUCCACACAAAUGCACAGACUGUGACAUGGCUUUUGUGACUAGUGGAGAGUUGGUCCGUCAUCGCCGCUACAAACACACACACGAGAAACCCUUCAAAUGCUCCAUGUGUGACUAUGCCAGUGUGGAGGUGAGCAAAUUAAAGCGUCACAUUCGUUCCCACACUGGUGAGCGUCCAUUCCAGUGCAGUCUUUGCAGCUACGCCAGCAGAGACACAUACAAGUUGAAGAGACACAUGAGGACGCACUCAGGAGAGAAACCUUAUGAGUGCUACAUCUGCCACGCCCGAUUCACCCAGAGUGGAACCAUGAAGAUGCACAUCUUACAGAAACACACAGAGAAUGUGGCCAAGUUCCACUGUCCACACUGUGACACCGUCAUCGCACGCAAGAGUGACUUGGGAGUCCAUCUUCGUAAGCAGCAUUCAUUCAUCGAGACUGGAAAGAAGUGUCGUUAUUGCGACGCCGUUUUCCACGAACGAUACGCUCUGAUCCAGCACCAGAAGUCCCACAAGAACGAAAAGAGGUUCAAAUGUGACAUGUGUGACUACUGCUGCCGUCAGGAACGCCACAUGGUCAUGCAUCGUCGAACCCAUACUGGAGAGAAACCAUACGCCUGCAGCCAGUGUGAAAAGACCUUCAGACAGAAGCAGCUGCUGGACAUGCACUUCAAACGCUACCAUGACCCCAACUUCGUCCCCACCGCCUUUGUCUGUCCCAAGUGUAGCAAGACCUUCACUCGCAGGAACACCAUGGCGCGCCACUCUGAGAACUGCAGUGGAGAAGUGGAGGAUGCUGAAAAUGGAGCUCCCACCCCGAAAAAAGGAAAGAGAGGAAGAAAGAGGAAGAUGAGGAGCAGGAGAGACGAGGAUGAUAGCGAGGAUGAUCAUGCUGAACUUGAUGAUGAGGACGAGGGUGAUGGUGAUGAAGAAGAAGCAUCUCUGCUACAGGAAGAGGAGUUGCCAGACAGCAUGGAACUGGACCAGGCCCCUCCUGCCAUCCCGAUACCAGCUCCUGACGAGCCACCAGUCAAGAGGAAACGAGGCCGACCCCCAAAGAACGCCCCCAAGCCUCCGACACCCAGUAAAUCUGUCAGGGUGGCUGCUAAGGCUGCUGCUUCUGCUGCUGCCAUUAUUCAGGUAGAGGAUGAGAGCACCGGAGCCGUGGAGAACAUCAUCGUGAAGAAGGAGGAUGGUGACCCCUCCGCAGCGACGACUCUGGAGCAGGGAGUGGCCCUGACUGUUGAGGGGGUGGGGCUGGACGGGGAAGGGGUGGAGACUGUUGAGCUGGCUGUGAACGAGGAAACAGCGGCCGCCGCCGCCAACGGAGACCUGACACCAGAGAUGAUCCUCAGCAUGAUGGACCGGUGAACUCAACACAGCCACACAUGUAGCUGGACUAUAAGUAAAAUUGGCAAAUACACAUUAGCAUUUCCACAUCCUCGGCCUUCACCUCAUGUACCAUCUGUGUGAGCUUGUAAUGGCAGCCAUUGUGCCACUAUUGAAGCGGCAUCAAAAACAACCAUGCACAAAGAGGGGAAGCCACAUGUAAAUACGUACACACACAUCCAUGUACAUCAACUGCAUACUGAUGUCCGUGGGUCCCACAAACACACACACACACGCAAAGAUCUUACUGCACAUACCUGUGUCAUCUCCCACAUCACAUACAGAUAUCGUCCAAGCUAACGACAGACUGCUCUCUGCUCCUAAAUGCUAAUUUAGUUUGAAUGUCUUCUGAAUGAAUCAGUGUGUAUUUUGCUCCUUGUUUCUACCCAAAGCCACAUCCUGUGUCAGUCUCAGCCCACACGCUCUGCAGUAAUGUUCAGUUCCUCUGUGUGUUGCUCUGCCAAAAGGAGACAUUACUUCAUCUACUUUACUUUUCAUUUUGAUUUUCUGCUGUCCCGCUUGCCGUUCUUGCAACUAUGCUGAUUUUGCAAAUUCCAAGCCUUUAUAUGUGUAUAUAUAGAUAUAAAUGUAGUUUUUCCUAAUGAAACGUAGUAUAUGGUAUUUGAGUUUGUCUCCGAGAUACCACUUGCUCUCAGUCAUAUGAUCUGUAUAUUUUUUUCCCCCCAAUUCUUUAUUCAUGAUCGAAUGGGCUCAGGCAAAUCACAACCUUAAGUCAGUGAAAAGUGAUUUCACCUUUUUAGUUCACAUAUUUGACAUCCACACUGCCAGCAGCCUCGUUCUAAUGGAAACUUUUCUUCAGUCAGCUCAUGCAAAUGGAAUACUUGAGAUAGCUGCUAAUUUAGUUUUACCAGCACCAACAGAGUGUUAGAUAAAGUUACUUUCAACUGUUUUCUAUUUUCACCCACUCUCUCACUGAUGAUGAGAUGAUGAGACAUUAUGAAGGAGGUAGUUUGCCAUCACAUACACAUACAGUACAUUGAAAGAUCCCUGCCAGUUGGAGAAAACACAGAUAAUCCUGAUUUAGUUGGUAAAAUAUUGUAUUAUAGUUGUGAUUUUGAACAUUCCAAAUACUUAGAUUAACAUUAUGUCUAUGCAUUUUAAUCAUCUCAUUUUGAAAUAAUGGACAGUGGCACACACAAACUUUGUUUUGCAAAGCCAAUCUUUAUAUUCCCGUUAAUUGUAUUCAGUCCCCAGUUAAUAUGCUUGGAACAGUUAUUAAAGACCACAUUGUGAGUUAGUGUUAUUCAGACAGCCCUUCCCCCACAAUAACCAACGAUCAUCAACUGUUGCAGGUGGUUUUGCAUGUAAAACACUUUUAAACCUUUUUUUCUUUUUGGUUUCUUGUGAACUUUUUAUUGUUUUUAAGUAGCUGAUCUGGAGAUAUAUUGGUUAAAAGGGAAAUUGAGGUUUUCAUGGAUGCGGUAAACAUGUUACAGUAACUGAGUCUGUAAAAGGUGAUUUAUCCAUCAUGCUUUCCUUCCACAGAUGACCCCCUCUUAAAACAACCAAACUGAGUGAACUUCUAUGAACCACUAUCAUUUUUUUCUCUGCACUGUUCUGUUACAUCUGCCUUCCGCUCUCCUUGAACCUUUUAAGGUUAGCUUCAGAUUAAACUGUUUGCCACUCAUUUAAAAACUUGUACUGAAUGAAGUCCAGAAAGAUGUAUGUACAACACAGCCUUCUCGUUCUUAUUUGGCAGGUUUCGUACUGUUUUCUGUACUAUGUGACUUAAGUAGGUAAUCAAGAUGGCUAUUCCACAAUAUUCUCAGCCCUGGACUAAAGGUGUGUUAGCCUAAGUCUAGUAGUUUCAUUUGCUUUGGGCUUUCCGUGGUCCAUUUACAACUGUUGCUGGGUCAGAUCACCUAUACCUGAUUUGAAUUGACAAAAACACAGUUAAAAUUGUUUGUAUGAAUCAAGAUUAGAACAAAGAGGUUGGUCCAAAUUCAACAAAUCAUAUAAUGAGUCUUCUGAAAAUGCUAAUUAAUCCUGAGACUGUCCUCGUGAGCUUGACCACAGAUUUGAUGGUUGUUAAGUGGCCUUUCCUUUAUUAUAAGACCUGUUUUUGUUAGACGGAACCAUUUCCUCUGUAGCAUAACGUUGCAAGAACCAUGGACACAGAAGAUGUCACAGAAAGAUAGUAGUGCCAAGAAACUGAGUGUCUGAAGAAAUCAAUGUCAAAUUGACACCUUAGUAAGAGUCUUUCAGAAACACCAGUUGUGAACUGCUGUGCUCUGAGAUCUCCUUCUGUAAAAAUAAGAAAGGGCAAAAUGUUCUGCUAUCAACCCAUCAUGUAAUUGUUCUGCAGA